AUGACGACCGAACAUGAUUUCCGUCCCGCGGAUGACGUCCAACUGAAAGAGCAACAUGAUAACUCAUUGCCCCAAAAUGUUUCAGAUAUGGAACCGUCGAAAAGAAAGGCGCCGGUAGAUGCAGACGAAUUUUCUCCGAAACGCAUAAAACACGAUGACCAUUUCCGCGAAGCCACGAGCGAACGACCAAGGCGGGGUUCAUCACAGGAGCGUCGGAGCUCCUAUGGUGGCUCUGCUGCCAUCGAUGCUGGUCGCCGACAACAUGCGACUCAAGAAGAGAAGAAGCGCGGGAAACGCUUGUUCGGUGGGCUUCUAAGUACCUUGAGUCAGACGAGUGGUGGUUCAACCCAGAAGAAACGUAUGGAAAUAGAGCGCAGGCAACAGGAACGAAUGCGCAAGCAAAGUGUCGAAGAUAGCAAGCUUCGCGAGGAAAAGAGAGCAAAGGCGAUGCAGGCUCGAAAGGGUGAUCAGAAUGUGUUUGAUGAGGAAGUUAUGCGAAACAAACAUAAAAAGAUGCUUGCAGUCGCUCAAUACUUACGGACAACAUCAGAACCACAGAUUUAUUAUCUCCCCUGGAGGCUCACGGAAGAACAAGAAGAAACGAUCGAUGAGCAGUUGCGACACACAAAAACAGCGAUAGCGCGCGAAGUAGAAGCAUUUAACGCAAGGAGAGAGCGACAGACGAAUCAAACCCGACGAUCUUCAGUACGAGAAGAGGCAACCGUGCCCUCAAACGAGGAAUCAGCCCCUGCGUCUAAGACUGCGGAUGAUUCAGAACAUUUAGGGAAAGCACAAUUUAAAGGUGGUGAAAGUGAUCAGCAUCAGCAUGAUCACGAUGAGGCGGCUGAUGUAUUGGAGGAAGCUGAUGAGGAUAUGGUGAUUUACUGA